CGCGCAUAUUACACGUAGCGCGGCGCCCGCCCGGAGUCUGCCGGGAUUGUGGCGGUCGGUCUCCCGAAUCGGAAGCCGGCGCUGCCUCGGGACUCCCGAUAUGGCGACCUCUCUGGGUUCCAACACCUACAACAGGCAGAACUGGGAGGACGCGGACUUCCCCAUACUGUGUCAGACCUGUCUUGGAGAAAACCCUUAUAUACGAAUGACCAAAGAGAAAUAUGGAAAAGAAUGCAAAAUCUGUGCCAGACCAUUCACAGUGUUUCGUUGGUGCCCUGGGGUCCGCAUGCGUUUCAAGAAGACUGAAGUGUGCCAAACCUGCAGUAAAUUGAAGAAUGUUUGUCAGACCUGCCUAUUAGACCUAGAGUAUGGCCUACCCAUCCAAGUUCGUGAUGCAGGGUUGUCAUUUAAAGAUGACAUGCCCAAAUCAGAUGUCAACAAAGAAUAUUACACACAAAAUAUGGAAAGAGAAAUUUCUAACUCUGAUGGAACACGACCAGUUGGCAUGCUGGGAAAAGCUACAUCCACCAGUGACAUGCUGCUCAAAUUGGCCCGGACCACACCAUACUACAAAAGGAAUCGGCCUCACAUUUGUUCCUUCUGGGUGAAAGGAGAGUGUAAGAGAGGAGAGGAGUGUCCGUACAGACACGAGAAACCUACUGAUCCAGAUGACCCCCUUGCUGAUCAGAAUAUCAAAGACCGGUACUAUGGAAUUAAUGAUCCUGUAGCCGAUAAGCUUCUAAAGCGGGCUUCAACCAUGCCUCGUCUAGACCCACCAGAGGAUAAGACCAUCACCACUCUAUAUGUGGGUGGUCUGGGAGACACCAUUACUGAGACAGAUCUCAGAAAUCACUUCUACCAGUUUGGAGAGAUCCGAACAAUCACAGUUGUGCAGAGGCAGCAGUGUGCCUUCAUUCAGUUCGCCACUCGGCAGGCUGCUGAGGUGGCUGCUGAGAAGUCCUUUAAUAAGCUCAUCGUGAAUGGCCGCAGACUCAACGUAAAAUGGGGAAGAUCCCAAGCAGCCAGAGGCAAAGAAAAAGAGAAGGAUGGAACUACAGACUCUGGGAUCAAGCUAGAGCCUGUACCAGGGCUUCCUGGAGCUCUACCUCCUCCUCCUGCAGCAGAAGAAGAGGCAUCUGCCAAUUACUUCAACCUUCCCCCAAGUGGUCCUCCAGCAGUGGUGAACAUUGCCCUGCCCCCACCCCCUGGGAUCGCCCCACCCCCACCUCCAGGUUUUGGACCACAUAUGUUCCACCCAAUGGGACCACCCCCUCCUUUCAUGAGAGCUCCAGGACCAAUCCACUACCCUUCUCAGGACCCUCAGAGGAUGGGAGCUCAUGCUGGAAAACACAGCAGCCCCUAACACAGCAUCACUACUCAGGGGCUCUGAGGAAGAAAGGGCACUCUAAAAUCCCAGUAAAUGAAUCCUGGGAUACGUAUAAUUUUCCUUGCUUUGUAGUUUCCAUGGUAGCUGAAUGUGUUCAGAUGUGGGCAGUCAGAGAACACAGCUGUGCUUCCCCACAUGUGUCAGAGGGUCAGUGGGCCCAAAACCAGCUGCCAUGAACACAGCUGCCACCACCACCCGGCCAAUACCCAGCCUUUUUAAUACUAAAAUGUUGGUAGUGGGGUUGAAAUAAGAACAGACAGAAGGCUGAGUAUAGUGGUGCAUACCUUUAAUCUCAGCACUCAAGAGGCAGAAGCAAGCAGAUCUCUAUGAGUUUGAGGCCAGCCAGGGCUACAUAGUGAGUUCCAAGACAUAGUGAGACCCUGUCUUUUAAAAAAAAAAAAAUUUAUAGAGUCUUGUCUGUGACUUUUAAUAAAUGGUAAUUUUAA